AUGGCAACAACAACAGCACGGAAGCGUGAGGAAAUGGUGUACCAUCAGCAUUUGCAAGGUCUCACCGAUUUCAACGAAGUACGAAUGGGGUACUUCAUAUCUAGGAAUAUACUGGUGUCCUCUGACCUGUUCACCAUCUCCUUCUACGGCGCCUUAGCUAUACUACCGUUGAACAUUCGUCUCCUUUUUGUUGAGAACGCUUGUAGUAGAAUCAUUAGCAGUUCUUCGUACGCUGCCGAGUAUAUUAUCGGAGGCAUGGACGCCAAGGAAGGUGCCGUACCUUAUCAGGUUUCGUUGCAGCUGCAAGGCAAACAUUUUUGCGGUGGAUCGAUCGUAGGCGAUCGUUGGAUACUGACUGCUGCCCAUUGUGUAGUGGGUGUAAAUCUGAACGAGACGAGAGUUGUCGUUGGAACUAACAAUUGGAAGAAGGGAGGCAUCGCGUACGCGGUAGAUCGUAGCUUUCCUUACAACAAUUUGUCGCUGAAUUCUUUCUACAUGAAGGACGAUAUCAUAUUGCUGCGGUUGGCAUUCCCACUGAAGUUGAACAACCGCGUACGACAAAUUGCAUACACGGCGGAAAUAGUACCCGAUAAUGCUACCCUCACAGUCACCGGAUGGGGACGGAUAAAUAAAGUACAAAGACCCAAAAUGCUGCAAACUCUCGAUGUACGCCACAUCACACUGAAUCGUUGCCGAGACAUUAUUGAUAAAUCGAAAUUCUUAUCGCCGUAUAACAUUAAGCUCUUUGAAAACGUAAUGUGCACUUUCAAAAAAAGAGGCCAAGGAACGUGUAAUGGUGAUUCUGGCAGUCCGGUAACAUGGAAGGGAAAACAAGUCGCCAUAGUUAAAGCAAAGCUGACGGAUGAAUGCGGUGUGGGAUUACCUGAUAUUCAGACACGCAUUUCCUUCUAUCAUGACUGGCUACAGAAGACUAUUGCCUCCAACAGCGAUUAA